AUGGCAGCAGCAGCAUCAGCAGCAGCUGCCAGUAUCCGUCUCUCCGCCAUUUACUUCCAGCCCCAGUUCCAGUGA